AGCACUUCCGUUUCCGGGAAUUAGACGCGCGCUGUUCAAAACACGGAGGAGAAACGCGCGCAGCAGAAAAAGAAUAAGACGAAGAAGAAGAAGAAGAAGAAGAAGAGACGCCAACUUGAACUAAAUCUGAACUUUUAUCCAUUUGUUGUGACGCGACACAAACGUGUUCGACGAGCUAACUGAGGGAAGCUAAGCUAACGUGCAGUGAAUCCACACAGGUGACAUUUGGAGAAAUGAUGCCCACGACUACCAGGAAGAGGAAGCUCUCCUCUCUGGACUCUGACAGUCACCCAGCCAAGAAGGGGGUGAGAAAGGAGAUGUCCCCCUUGAAGAGGGCAUCUCAGAGAAAGCUGCGUCAGUCUCCAACUAAAAAGAAGCCAGCUGGACGUUUGGACAUGGAGAACCUUUCUUCCCCACAGAAAUCCCCACGUAAACGAGCAGUCUCACCGACCAAAUCGCCUCGUAAAUCUCCCGUCAAACCUACCAUCGUUACGAGCUCUUUUUACGGCAAGAAGAAGCUCGCCUAUCUCACUCCACUGGAGAGAAAGGCAAUAAAGGAGUCUAUGCCUUCCCCUCCUUCUCUUCCAUUGCCCCCCUCUCAGGUGAAGAAGCAGGAAAUGAAGAGUAAAAAGAAAGUAAAGGGAGGCAACAAGGCGAGGAAGAUUCCUGCAGGAUCCAGUAAAGUGGGGAAGACAAGCUUUAAAAGCUUCACAACAUCUACAAAGACGAUCCGGCUUUCAAAGAUUAGCAGCAGUGUCGCUGCCAAACCAGCAUCUGUGACGUCUGCAGCUCCCUCCGGUAACACUAAACUAGCAGAGUCCAAGAAAGCGAUCACCAUCACCUUCAGCAGCCUCAAGCCUAAACCCAAGAUCUUCGUUGGGGCUGCCUUCUUCAGCACGGGGAAGAAACCAACAUCCAUGUACAAGAAAUCUGCCCCGAAGUCCUCGACCAAGUUGGCAUCCAUCCAGAGCAAAAGUAGUGAAGCUCCGCCACAAGCAAAGAGUGAGAAAACAAGGCAGCAGCAGCAGACGACUGUAGUGUUGAACCAGCAACAGCAACAUAAUGAAAAGAUCACCGUCCAGCCGAGCACCAAGCAGAGAACCAAGUUUGAUCCGACGGACUGGAUGGACUCUGUUAACGAAGAGCCUGGAAGUCCACAGCCGUUCAGCUCACCUAAACUCCUGACAGAGAAAUAUGGGAUUAACAAGGAGCUGAAGAUUGUGUUGACGAGGACCCCGACAUCAAGUCCUGCAUCUGUGACUUCAUUCACCAACACUCAGGGUGAUUCUCUGACCGGCGACGACUUCAGCGAUAUCAGUCAGACCAGUGCUGCCUCCAGCUCGCCCAAAGGAUCUGCAGCGGCCGUGUAUCCCAUCUUUGGCUCUGCGUCCAAGAGGUUAAAGAAAUCUCUGCAGCCUCCAGUGUCCUGCAGCACCCCCUCUGGCCCCGUAACGUCACUGCAGACACCUUCUUCAGCGAAAGAGCGAAGUGUUCGCAGGAGGAAAGAGAAGCAGGAUGACGACCAGCUCAUCAUCGAUGCGGGUCAGAAGCAGUUUGGAGCAAUAACCUGCAGCUCAUGCGGGAUGGUUUACAGCGCCGACAACCCAGAGGACAAUUUCCAACACUCCCAGUUCCACCAGCGCUUCAUCGACUCCAUCAAAUUUGUGGGCUGGAAGAAGGAGCGGGUGGUGUCUGAGUUCUGGGACGGAAAAAUUCUCCUGGUUAUGCCCGACGAUCCCAAAUACGCCGUCAAAAAGGCCGAGGACGUGCGUCGCGUCGCAGACAGCGAGCUGGGUUUCCAGCAGGUGACUCUGAGCCGACCCACGCAGGCCAGGACCUACCUGUUCAUCAACUCGGAGCGGAUGGUGGUUGGAUGUCUGAUCGCUGAGCCCAUUCGAAAGGCUUACAGAGUCCUGGAGCAGCCGGACCGACAGAAGGACAUGACCAAGGACGACUUCAUGGAGCGACACCGAGCCUGGUGCUGCUCCACCGUCCCAGAACAAGCUCUGUGUGGGAUCAGUCGGAUCUGGGUCUUCAGCCUGGCCAGACGACAGGGCGUCGCCACCCGCAUGUUGGACACCGUCAGGAGCACCUUCACGUACGGCAGUCAUCUGACCAAGGAGGAAAUCGCCUUCUCCGACCCGACACCUGACGGCAAACUGUUCGCAACCAAGUACUGCAACACACCGACCUUUCUCGUUUACAACUUUGUCGCGUGAUGUCGGGAAAGAAUUGACCUGAAUGUUUUAUUCAACCUGUUCUCUUAAUGCGAGCGUUGCAUCUUCAAAGUUCUUCCUGUUGAAUCGUUCUUCAUACGCAGAGCCGUGACUUCGGGUUUUAGUUUGUGUAUAAGCUGCAGUUGUGUCAUUUGUAAUCAUCAGGAAGAAGUAGGUUCACUGUUUUUCUGUGAACGCGCCUGUUUUCACUCAGUAUUUAUA